GCGGGGCCAAUAAAAGAAAGCUGAGUGGUGGCAGUCACUUUUGGAGUCUUCCUGAGACGAUCCACCAAUAUGAAGUAAACUCGAGGAGGAGGAACCCAGCGAUGGUGGCUGAGCCCCAGGGCACAGUGAUGUUUGAGGAGGUGGCCAUGUACCUCACACAGGAGGAGGGGCAGCACCUGGGACCCCCUCAGAGAGCACUCCACCAGGAUGUGAUGCUAGAGAACCACUGCACCCUAACAGCUCUGGAUAAGCAUCACAUGGUUUUUCAGUGUCCACACUCAGGGUUAUUUCCCAGCGGGAGCAGGGGAAAAUGCCAUGGGUCAUUGCUCUGCCAGGGCCUCCCUGCACAGGUGAGUGAGGAGAUUCUUAGGUCAAGACAAAGCAUAAACAAUCAACUCCAACAGAAAAAUCUGAAGAACAAUUACAAGGAGUAACUCAGGAGAUUUUCCCAAGAGGCAAUCCAGAGGAGUUUGAGUUUCGAUCAGCUUGCAGGAUUGAGACAGGAGCAGAAUAUUGCUGGAAAAAAUUCACAAUAAAGACCGGGAUGGCCGUG